GCCGUUGUCAAACAAUUAUACAUCUUGCACUCUCACAGAGUCCGCCACCAACAAAUAUCUGGGCGCUGUCCCUGUCAGCGCUUUCUACUCUCUCCUCCUCCCGACAUCAGCAGCCACGUCGGUCGUCGUUAACUAUGUCUUGGAAGCUUGGUUCGAAGAGUACGUAUACGAACGACACCCCUAGCGCCGUGCGAUGUUACGGUGUACGCUUGAAAUUCACUAACAUGCUAUUAAGAAUCAAAAGAGAGCAAGGAGGGCGUUAUCUCUCGCUCCGUUACCCCCAUACCCUCCCGCUCAGUAACGCCUCGACCACCCGAUGGAUCCGAGAAUACGUUUCGUUCGGGGAUGCUGACAGUUCGCGUCUUCUCUGGUCAGUGCAGCAUAGACACUCUGAUCGGUUUCAGAGGUUGAUUGACUUCAUUUUGAAAACAGGGCGAGGGCUGGCCCUACCCCCAGGCGUGAAGGUGCCUGACAUUGUACAGAAAGCUCUCGAUGCAGCUCCGCCUCGCAGAUCGACGAGCAAUCGAGAAAGUAUGCAGAGAAAGCGGAAUUGGUGGCUUCCUUACGUCGUACUGGAAUACGAUAAGAACGAAGUGCUUAUUGAUGCACUCGGCGGUGAUCUGUCAAAGCCAGAGUGGAAUUAUAGAGCUGACUUUGAUGUGUCUCGAACGUCGACUAUCGUCGUUUCUGCAUAUCUCCGUACGGCACAGUGUGUCCACGGGCAGGAUGACAUGGGAAACGACAUUCUCAUGGCCCGUGUUGACCUGACGCCAACCCUGGAUGCUCAUCAUGCAUCGGAUGGAUGGUACAACGCAACUGCUGGCGCUGGUUCUUUCCACCUCAAAAUUGACUUCAAGCCCGCCCGUCACGAAUCACUAACCAUCGAACAAUUCGAUUUGCUCAAAGUAAUUGGCAAGGGCUCCUUCGGCAAAGUCAUGCAAGUACGCAAGAAGGACACGCAGCGGAUUUACGCCCUAAAGACUAUCAGGAAAGCAAAUAUUGCCUCGAGACCGGGAGAGAUCACCCAUAUCCUUGCUGAGAGAACUGUUUUGGCGCUGGUCAAUAAUCCGUUUAUCGUGCCGCUCAAGUUCUCCUUCCAAACUCCGGAUAAGUUGUAUCUGGUCAUGUCUUUCGUGAACGGCGGCGAAUUGUUCUAUCACCUCCAACGGGAGGGUAAGUUCGACGAGGCACGCAGUCGAUUCUACGCCGCCGAACUGCUAUGUGCUCUCGAGCAUUUACACGGUUUCAACGUGGUGUACCGGGACCUUAAACCAGAGAACAUCCUUCUAGACUAUACCGGUCAUAUCGCGCUGUGCGACUUCGGUCUCUGUAAACUCAAUAUGUCUGAAACGGAAAAGACCAACACAUUCUGUGGAACCCCCGAAUACAUAGCGCCGGAACUUCUCGAGAAUCAGGGGUACACCAAGACCGUCGACUGGUGGACGCUCGGAGUGCUCCUGUACGAGAUGAUGACCGGCCUUCCACCCUUUUUCGACGAGAAUGUCAAUGUGAUGUACCAAAGGAUCCUGUCAGACCCUCUUUUAUUCCCAGAAGACAUGCCUCGUGACGCCAUGAGCCUCAUGAUUGGUCUCCUGCAGCGAAACCCUGCAAAGCGAUUGGGUGCAGGCGGCGCUGAGGAGAUUAAGCGGCAUCCUUUCUUCUCCAAGCAUAUCGAUUGGAAUCGGCUAUUGGCGAAGAAGAUCCAACCGCCGUUCAAGCCGAGUGUGGAAUCCGUGCUAGAUGUUGCAAACUUUGACCAAGAGUUUACGGCUGAACAAGCUCAGGACUCGCAUGUCGAUGAUACGCCUUUGUCAGAGACGAUGCAAGAUCAGUUUCGAGGCUUCACUUACAACCCAGGCAACGAACACCUCAGCGAGAGUAUCAGCUACCCGAGCGUCAUGGGCUAAGCGUUCGGCAUGGCCCAUUUGCCGUCCUCCGCUUUACCAACGCAGUGUUUCACACAUCUGCUUCUGUUGUGCUUUCUUGGUUCCCUUUCUCCCGGUUUCUCCAUCGAUAUCUGGGUUCUUUCACGUCUUCAUUAGACGUCCAGUAUUUAUUCCACUUCGGUUUCCUGCCGACCGGCACCCACCUACAUGUCUUUGUCUUCGCCGUCUGUUGCUCUAGGUUCCUCACAUAUGUACAUCUCAUCCGUUGCAUCCACGCAUUUUUUGUUGUAUGACAUAUCCGUCUCUCAUUCCUCGCUCUCCACGCUUCCACUCUCUUUGCCGCUAGUUACUAUAGCGAUAGCUCUGACAACAUGGACUUUCUGUCAAUCUCAAAUGUAUCAUUGGCAUAUGUCCCUAUAGCCCCGUUAUUUAUGUAUAUACCAAGUUGUGAACCUUUGUAGCACCUCCGAUGAAUUCACGCUCUCCAUACGAGAGGAUGCACCUAGGCCCUUCCGUG